UCACAUGGUGCAGUUGUAUAUCUAUUUACCUGGUGUCUCCUCUCACAGACACUUCCUCAAACUCGGACAAGCAAGAGCUCUCUGUUUCAGGUUGUUUGAAAUCUACAAAAAGAGACAAACGCAGUAAAACAAAACAAAAUGUCCACUCUGCAGUUGCUUGAAGAUCUCUACACGACGAAGGUGACGUUCUCAGAUUCAGAGUUGAUCCGGCACAAAGAGUUUGCUGAACAGGUGGUCCGCACUCUCCUGCAAGAGGUUCAGAAACACGGAAGUCCUGGAGACCCAAACAUCACGAAAGAGCCCAUCGGCACCGGGAGCUCCUUCGAGGGCGUGAAGGUGAAACCAGAGCUGGAGUUUGACUUCAUGGUGCCGAUCAAGACCAACAUGCAAAAAAUCAUUUUCUGCGACACUGAUAAGAACGUUCCCAGCCGCUUCGGGAUUGUCAAGAUUGCAUCUCAACCACAGACUGCAGUCCAAUCUAAAUCCACCUGGAAGAAGGAUGAAGAUUUCGAAACCAAGUUCUGCACAGGUGCUCAUGGUUAUGGGUUUCUCUUGUCAGCCGACAAGAUCCGGAAGUGGUUCCAGUCUCUGUCUGACCGCGCUCUGCCAGCCCUCAAAGACAGUUUCCCCAGAUCCACCUUCAGGUUCCAGCAGCACGAUCCUGCCAGGAACCUUCUCGUGACAAAGGAUGGGAAGGAGCUGAACAUUGACAUUGUGCCGGCUAUCGUGUGUGAGAACAUCUUCCUCGUUGCGAAGCAGUGCACCAGUCAGAUCAACCUUCCAAAUGAGGCCACAUGGAGGCUGUCCUUGUCUACCAGCGAGAGGGACUUUUUUAAGGAAAUGAAGCGUGUCUUGCCCUAUAAUUCCUGCCACCUCAAGUGCCUGCAGAUCAUCAAGUACCUCAGAGAGAACGACUAUCGGCUCUAUCCCUCGUCCCAGUUCACCCACGGGCUUCGCUCCUACUACCUGAAGACCGCUCUCUUCCACUUGGUUAUGAAGUCAUUUCCCCAGGCCUGGGCCUCCAACUGCCUAGAACAGCGGAUCAGAGAGAUGAUCGACUACCUGAUCGCUAGCCUGGGUGAAGAAAGGAUCCCACACAUCUUCCUGGGGAACAAGCAGCAUCUGAAAAAUCUGCAAUGGCACCUGGGCGUGCCUGUGAGGUUCUUCCACCACACCGAAGCAAACCUGCUGGAGUACAUCAGCAAAACCACUAUGGAGCAGGCCAGACUGAGGCUGAUUGAAAUCAAGAAUAACCUUGAUGGGAUCCUCCGCCAACAUCUGCAUUAAUAUUUGAAUGAGAACAAGAGCUGGUGUGAGAUAGCAUGAUGUGAACCAGCUCCACUUAUAUGCAAUGACUAGUCCUUAAUUUACCUGCUAUGAUAUCCAAAUAUAACUAAUACCUAUGCAUGCAAGCCAUUGUAGCUAGUAAUUCUGUACCCUCCUUUUCCUAGACUGUAAUGUGAACCACUGUGUAACGGGAUUGUUGGUUCUGAUAAAGCCUGGGUAGAUAGUUGGUUUGUGUUUUUCUGCAAUAUACUAUUGCUGAAUUGUAUCAGCUUCUGUUUGUGAUUUCCUUUUCAAAGAAAACCUGUCAACCUAUCAAUCACUUAAAUAAAUACACUAAUAAUUUAA